AUGCAUCACCCCAACUCCAUGGUUAAUGAGAGGACUUGCUGGGCGCUGCUGGUGCUGGCGGCGGCGGUGGGCGCGGCGGUGCUGGCGGCCGACCAGCUGGCCGAGUUCUCGCGCAGCCCGACGCGCACCCUGCUCCAGGCGAGGCACCUGCCCGUCGGUAGCCUGCCCUUCCCCGCCGUCACGCUGUGUCCAGCCGUCAAGACCAACAGGACGCUGGCCUCACAGCUGCUCACGAGGUGGUUGGAGGAAAGAGGCCUGGCGGAGGAGGCGAGCACGGCGCGCGUGGAGGCGGCGCUGGCGGCGCUGUCGCUGCAACAGUUCCCCUACUUCAAGAGGCUGGCGCCGUUCGUGCGCGCCGCCGGCCCACUCGCCUACCACCUGCGCGACCUCAACGUCACAGACUUCAUGCUCAAGGUUCUGCCCAGCUGCAGGUCUUUCUUCCACUUGUGCUCCUGGUUGCGGCAGCGGAUGAACUGCUGCGAGAUGUUCCGGCUCUUGCCCACUGAGAAUGGCUACUGCUACUCAUUCAAUACGGUCCCCGCCAAAAGUUUUGGACAGUGCGACAUCGACGCGUGGCGUCGGGGCGACCCCUCGUGCCGGCUGCUGUCGGCGGCGACUGCCGGGGUGCGGUCGGCGCUGCUGGUGGCGCUGGCGGCGCAGGACCCAGGCGACGCCCUGCCCGACGGCAUGCAGCGCGACGCCGGCGUCGGCGUCAGGCUGCCCUCACAGUCGUGGAUGCGACCCCGCUCUGUCCGGCAGGUGGUGGUGCACUCGCCGCUGUCGUACCCGGACCCGGGCGCGCGCGGCGCGCUGCUGUCGCCCGCAGCCGGCGGCCCCGUGCUGCGCUUCAGCGUCACGCCGCAGGUGACGCACGCGGCGGACGGCGUGCGCGGCGUGUCGUGGCGCCGGCGCGGCUGCCUGCUCUCCGACGAGUGGCCGCAGCCGCACGAAGAGGCCGCUGGCGGCGGCGACGGUGACGGCGGCCGCCGCGCCUACGACGUGCGCCUCUGCCUCGCGAUCUGCCGCGGCCAGCACAUCCGGCGCCGCUGCGGCUGUAUGCCUUACUUCUACGGUACGACAGCCCUUGUUCAUCUAUUCACGUGGACAUUUUAG